AUGAUGGCAUCUCAGCAGGAUUUCUCAUUUCCUCCGCCGCCUCCGCCUCCGCCGCCGUCGACACAACAACAGUUUCCGCAGGCGGGCUCACAUCUAGGACAAAAUGCAUAUAACCAUCGCGGCGGGAGUGGCCGGGGUGGUGCAGGUGGUGGUGGGUUUCGAGGACGUGGUCGUGGAGGCGUGAACCGUGGAGGCCGAGGCGGAGCAUCUCAUCCUAAUUAUCGUGGCCACAACAAUCAGCAGGGGAUGUACAACGGUGGAUAUACUGUGCCAUCGAAUGCGCCGAAAUAUUAUCAAAACGGUUCGCAGUAUGGUUCACCAGCGCCGCACACUUUUCCUCCUGUUAACCAGGGAUUCGCUGCCCAAACGCAUGCCACUCCGAUAACAUACACACCGAGGAAUUACGAUGGACUUUACCAAAAUGCACAAAACGGGGCGACCGUGCCUAUACCAUCAUACACGGGACAUCAGUCGCAUUCUGCAGUUCCCGUGGGGGCUUCCGUAAUAGCACCACCGAUGCACUGGGGAUACGACAAAAGCGGAGCUGGCGGGUUCUAUCCAGGAUCUAUGACAUAUCAAAGCCCGCUUCCUCACUCACAUCCACAAGCAAACAAUUAUCAGAAUCAAAGCGGACACAAACGCAGAUAUUCGUCGACGUUUGAAAAGUCGACCUCACAAGGACCUCGACCUACUGCACCACCUGCCGUUCCGAGCUUCGGUGUUCCUCUACCCGCGAAACCUCCACAACCAGCCGAAAAUUUACGACAAGCGCAGAAGAAAAAGAAGCGGAAAUUCAAUCAACUGGGACUUACACCGAAAACGGAAGAACACGAGUCCAGCGAUGAAGAAGAUGACGCGGAUGAAGAGAGUCGAUUGGCCUCUGCGACGGGUAAUCUUGCCGGCCCUCUUCAGUUCACUUUCCGCGGACGUACGUCUACGUUGAACAAUACAACGGAUAUCCAGUCAUGGAUUGAAGAACGAAAGAAACGAUUCCCGACUCAGGCUCGCAUAGAGGAGAAGAAAAAGACACAAGAGGAAGCGAAGAAGCAGAAGGAACUUCAACGAGAAGAAGCGCGCCGCAAGCAGCAAGAACUGAAAGAGCAAAGGGAGCAGGCAAGAAGCCAAGCUCAAGAAAAGAAAGAGAUGGGAUCUGAUCCCAUGGAUGCCGCUCUCAAAGCAAAAGCAAAGGCAGAGAAAUUGCGCAAGAAGUUGUUGAAGGAAGAGAGGCGGUUGCAAAAGGCGGAAGCUGAUGCGGAGAGAGCACUGCUUGUGGCGGAGGCGUCGCAGCAACACCCAUUGACAGAGGAUGCCUCCCCUGACACAAAGGACCCAUCGGCACACGGGGGAAAGAUAGACGAAAAUCAGUUCCUUAUAUCAGAAUCGGCAUCGUCAGAAGAUGAGGACAGCGAUGACGACGUCCCCGAAGAAAUGUCCUCACAACGCCAAGGCCCCGAACGAGUCCCGGCGCCGCCGCGUGAGCAGACAAAGCGCAGUAAACCAUGUCGCGAUUUCCAGCGAAGAGGGAAAUGCCCUCGGGGAAGUCAUUGUCGAUAUUCACACGAACCGUCUACUACAGAAGGGGCGGAUAAAUCGCGGCCAGCGGCCAAACCUGGUGCAGGCGCAAAGCAGCCUGCCAAGAGGGGACUAUUUCAAAUGCUCGUUGAACAGGAAAUUCACGCACGUGAUCGUCAGGUUAUGCAGGCUAUUUCCUGGCUUGGAUCUCAGGGGUUGCUUGAAGAGCCCGAGUCUGCGACCAACAACGGCGGCGUUGGCCAUGCGUCACCUUCCACUAACUCUCCUAAUUCUUCAUGA